UUGGCAUCCGGAUGCGCAGGAUAUGUCGGUGCACAUCCGUCGUAUCGGUAAUACACAUCAGUUUCACGAUACGAAUUCAGCGCUUAAUGACAUAAUGUCGCCGGUUCUUGCCGUUCCUCUGUUUGUUGUUGUAGUAGCCGCACUGAUGGAAGGAGGACACAGUCAGGACAGUGGAGGUGACGAGGACCAGAGACCUGAACCUCCCGGCUUGCCAGGACUUCCGUUUCCUGGAAUCGGAGGAGCAACAGGCGUACAAGGAGUGUUAGGUCUCCCAGGACUUCCCGUAGAGUCAGGGGAGACAUUCAGCAACUUUGGUGAUGCGAGUGCAGGAUCUCCUGGAAGUUCUGGAUCAUCAGACUGAUCAGGUUACGAUGAAGUGGCUUCUUCCGACCAGAAGCAGCACCAGCAGCGCAGCCUCUGCUCCUAUUCAAGUUUUGUAGUACCAUAUCUGUAGUCAGACUCAUGUUUUUGGAACAUUUCUAUAAUUUGGCACAGUGUGCGUCAUUUAAUUAUUCAGUGAACAAUCGCCUAAUAAAUCUGUAUACA